CAAUUUUUUACGCGCCAACCGUAACCAUAAUUCAGUGUACUAGUUACAUUUAGUUAGGUGGUCAUGCUGACAGGUGUUUUCUGUGCUGGCUUUGAGACUGCCUGAUCAAAAAAAGGUUUUACACAUCGAGGGCUGAUGCGUGAUGGCGCUCUGUAGGCUGAAAGCAUUAAAGAAAGAUCUUGUUCUUGACUUGGAAUCUGAUGGGGACAAUCAGCCAGAAGAGCAGGAGCUUACGGUGCGUCGGCUGGAAAAAAAGAAAGUGAGGCAAAGUGCAAGAGCCGUAAAAGAGAGAACUCCGUUGAAGAAGCGGCGGCACAGCUCGACUGAUGAAAGCGAUGAAGAACCAAUUGAAGAGCAUCUCUCAGAAAAGGAGCAAGCAGAAAACGUGAGGCUGCAAGCACAGCUUGCAGAAGAAAAAAAGAAAAAUGCCCAACUGCAGCAGCUGCUGACAGAGAAAAUUGACCUCCUCCUGGCGCACUUUGGGAUAGGUGGCACGAAGCCACGGGGAAAGACCCAAAUGAGCCUUUCCGCAUCCCUCAACAACACGAGGAAGGAGGUGUCAUCGCCUCUGGCUGCACGGAGUGAUCGCGUACCAAGCCUUUCUGCAUCCCUCAACAACACGAGGAAGGAGGUGUCAUUGCCUCUGGCUGCACGGAGUGAUCACGCACCAAGCCUUUCCGCAUCCCUCAACAACACGAGGAAGGAGGUGUCAUCGCCUCUGGCUGCACGGAGUGAUCACGUACCGAGCCUUUCUCCAUCCCUCAACAACACGAGGAAGGAGGUGUCAUCGCCUCUGGCUGCACGGAGUGAUCACGUACCAGACAUCACUUCUAAGAGCCCAUCUACUGGUACCAGCCUGGCACCUGUUGAAACAGUGCAGAAACCAUCUGAAAGAUCAACCACACCUGUCUCCACUCAGCCACAGGUAUCUUCACAAGGCACUCAACACCAGGAGCUGCCCCUUUUUGAGGAUAGAAAUGGCCAGGUCCACCUCGGAGAUGGCCUGUUUGUGUCCUCCGAGCAGUGGGCAAUGCUGAUGCGCUUGCCAAGGGACUCCCUCUUCUGUAAAGAGGGAAUCCGAUGCCUGUGGACAGCGGAUGACCUUCAAGACCGCAGUGUAACGGGCCUAGUUUGCCGACGCUUUAUUAGAGCGGAAGUGCCGAGAACUGCCAAAAGGCCUGUGACACCAGUGAAGUUACGAGCACUAGGAAGGGCGUACGACCACUACAUUGCGCAUCACCCUGCAGACAACGCAACACCGCAUCAACGGGGGAAGAAGAUGAACUGUUAUUUGGCCGAAUUCCUGCAGACCUAUCGGCGCAGGUAGACUGUGAUGAUGCUAGCACACGAUGCGGAGUCUAACUUCGGCUUGACGUAUCAGCUCGAACUGGUCAACCGAGCGAGAAGGGCAGCUGCAGAGCAGAAGAGCUAUCUAUGCUUGCUUCGCUCGCGUGCGCUUCUGUAUAAAGUUUAUUCUCUCUCUUUCUCCAGUGUGCGAUAGCGUGAAUUAUUUGUGAGAUUGUCACAGCGCACACUUUCUGAUAAGCCUCGAAAUUUUUGGAUUGUGUAGUCAAACCCGUUUACAUUUAAUAAUUCUAUAUAUAUUGAACACUUUCUAACAAUGUAAGGUGUUAGAAAUAUACAGCAUGAGAAUAUAUAGCCAAAAAAAAUUACAUUGAACAAAAGUAGCAGCCACUGCCAAUAUAUCGAACUUCAAGCACCGUGAAACUGCCCUAGAAGAUGGUUAAAGAAGGGGUUUAGCCUGCGGCUCUACUGCUCCACGACACCAUGGGGCGGGUACUCCCCUACAAAAAUGGUCCUGGCCUGCCCUGCAGUGCUCGCACAGGCAAUCAGUUUACGUCUUUCGUGCAUGUUUGAGACUUGUGAAGAUUCACGCCAUCAUUUCACUGUGUUUUCCCACAAAGUGCCUUUCUUUUUGUGUGAUGGCUAGCGCGAAGCGGUAGUAUCUGCCAUUACCGUGAAGUUCAAAAUUAUAGAGCUGUGCGUGGAGAGAAGCAGAAUCCGUCGUCGGCUGCAGCAUCUGGUCUGAGAUUAACAAGGAAACGAUCCAAACAUGUUUGUCUUGUCAGUUUCUGCAUUCCCAAUGACUGUAAUGAAAAGUGUUCUGGCAGGCUCUACGAAGUUUGGAGUGAGUUGUGAGCAUUUCAUAUCUGCAGCUCUUCCAAAUUUUCUGUAAAAUGUACAAAUUUGGACCAGUCUUAUGACUUUAUACGAACUCCUUGAAUGCCAACUCAAUUUUUACAGAAAAUUGGUUUUAUUAGCGAAAAAUGUUUGAAAUUCCUAAUAAAGCCGCACUGUUGCUUGGUGGGCGGGGGCGCCACUUAUGUAGGGUGCGCGAUAGAGAUAGUGGUGUGCGCCGUAACCUUCAUUGUUUGCAGAGUAAGGUCAGCAUUUUUCUCUCUGUGACGUUGCCCGGCUUGGUGCACGUCGUCGGGACGUCCCAUGACCCGACCACCACCCGAUGUAACUGGUUGUCAUUACUCUCAACAUAGUGACCCACCCUAUAUAAGUGGUGCCCCCAGAGACGACGGUGAUUUCGGGUUGAUGCGGCAGGCA